AUGGUACCGGAACAAGAUACUGGUGGUCCUGUGGAGAGGUCACGCCGAAACCUCUCUACAUCAGCCCCUAGGCCAAAUAGUGAAUCUGAGCAAAUACAAGACACCGAUGUUCAGAUGCAACAAGCGCCACAAGACGAGGCCCAAAGCCCAAGCAAGACUCAGUCAUCAUCACAGGAGUCGCCACGGCGGUGUGACCCAGCCUUACGCUCCUCGACGCCUGCAGCCACGGCUCUGUCAAGGAACCCCUCCAGCAACUCAACAUCGACAACACCAACACCAGAGCCAGUAGUGACACGCCAUUCAACGCGGAGCUCUCACCAACAGCACCUCCCAGUUGAACCGCCAGUUACUAAAUCCACUCUGAGUGAGUUGGAUGUGUCAAAAAUAAUACACAAUCCCAAACUGCGGCAUGAUAUCAACUUCGACCCGGAGCUACAUUUCAGACCAAACUUGGAUGGAGAAAAGGGCCGGAAGAAGCAGGAAAGGGCCAAUCAAUUUUGGCGAACCUUGAAAGAGGAAUUAACUCAGUUCAUCACCGACAGGCCUGGCUUCUAUGCUAAACAUGGGGAGUCUGACGACUGGACACUCCCCCUGCUACUCAAGGCGGUCAAGGAAAUCAUUCAGACACUGGUCCCGCAACGUGACCGUCAAUAUCUAGACGAGGGGCUCAAUAUCGAGCUCCUGAUGCAGCAGUUCCACAAAGGCGUUGCGGAUUUGGAAAAGUUGGCUCUCUGGCUUUCGCAGGUUCUCAAGUCUCACUGCGCACCAAUGCGAGACGAUUGGGUUGAUACGAUGUACUCGCAACUUAGCGUUGGCAACCGAGACUCCGAUCUGGAUCAACUCGUCACGGGAAUGCGCAGCUUGCUCAGUGUGCUGGAGGCCAUGAAACUGGAUGUGGCCAACCAUCAAAUUCGGUGCCUGCGGCCAGUGCUGAUUGAGGACACGACGCACUUUGAACAGAAGUUCUUCCUCAAGAAGAUUCAAUCCCGGAAGGUGGAUAUUAGCGGAGCGCGGGAAUGGUAUCGAGACGCUGAUCAAAGCUACUCUGCCAGCCUCGGCAACACGACGCAUAGUUUUGGCGAGAUGGGCGUGUUCUUUGAGGCGCUAUCCCGAUUGGUCCUACCGUCAUCCGGAGAGAAGAGGGUACCCAGCACUUUCUUGUUUGACGAGGAACGGAUCGUCAAGUUGCGAUCUGACAUGGUUGACGCUAUCAACUUGGAUAUUUGCAUGCGCAUGUACGAGGACCUUGAGAGGGUGGCACGCUACAGCUCCAAAAUGCUUGGUCGCAAUAGCCUGCCUCUUGAUGAGGAUACCUUUAAUGCCUCAACAACACCGAGUUCAGAGUUUAACUUUAACACGCCUUUGGCGAACUCAAGGCCAUCUAGCCUUGUCCUCAGCAAUUCUAGCUCGGCAUCAUCUUCCCCUCGCUCGUCUCUUAUCAUACCGUCGUAUGUAGCGCCCGAGAAUUGCGAAUCAAGAACCAAGGCAAAGAAUGUGUACAACUCGCUGGUUGCACUCUUACAGUCCGCGCCUGCUUCAUCCAGACAGUCUAGCCGUUGGCAAACAAUGGCUUCUGCCAUGGCUCUUCAAAUUUUCCGGUUCACCAAUGCUCCGUCAGAGCUUCUGUCUACCUUUGAGGAAAAGCUGACCGACAAUGUGUGCCGAGUCGAUUCGCAAAUCUACAGAGAGGUCGAGCAGGCCUUCCACAGCAGGCUAAUGACGGCACUGGCGGGCCGAGUGCGCGAAUUCAAGGCCCUCUCUGGUGUUUCGCUCUUUACUGUUGCUACUGGUGGACGACUGCCCAAUGGCAGCAGUCUGCUUCAAUGUCGAGACUCGGAUUCAUCCUUGCGUGAUGGACAAGACGAGGGAGGACUGGAAGACAUGGCGACUCGCCUGGCUCAUCUCGGUGUUUUGCAUUGGCGCGUGUGGGCCCAGCUGGCAUAUCUCGGCGAACUCGAGGACAUGACUGUGGACACUCCUGGACAAGUCUGA